UGUGUCGAGUAGAGCCAGUGCUGAACUGUUAUGAUGUGUCAAUAAGUUAAAAAGGUGGACGGCACCAAUGAUGAGAGGCCCCCCUCGGUACUUAAGCAGGAUAUUAGAGGUCAUCGUCAUUGCAUGACAAAGGCUGUGGCAGAUUCAUCUUCAUCACUCAUACAGCAUUUCCAUAGUUUAUUCUUCAGUGCGGUAGUACCAUGAAAGGUGGAGGAAGGGGUAAGGAACCGUCUGUUGCAGGGGAGGUCACUGGCAAGCGCCCCAAACGCAAAUGCCUGCAGUGGCACCCACUCCUCUCCAAAAAGGCUCUGGAUUUCUCUGAGGAGGAAGAGGAAGAAGAUGAAGAGGAGCUGGAGAAGCAGCCGGUGCUGUGUGACCAGGACCAGGGGUCACAGGUGCAGUGUGGAAGCACAACAGAGGAAGUGGAGGAGGACUCGAACGAACAGCGGGCCAGACGACCGAUGAACGCCUUCCUCCUCUUCUGCAAACGCCACCGUUCCCUGGUGAGGCAGGAGCACCCUCGUCUGGACAACCGCGGGGCCACUAAGAUCCUGGCUGACUGGUGGGCAGUGCUAGAGCCCAAGGAGAAGCAGAAAUACACUGACAUGGCUAAAGAGUACAAGGAUGCCUUUAUGAAGGCUAAUCCAGGCUACAAGUGGUGUCCCACCACCAGCAAACCAGUGAAGAGCCCUUCAUGUCAGCCAGUCGGCAACCCCCGCAAAAAAGUAUGGUCCUUCUCUUCCAACUCAUCCAAGGACUCGACCACUGCCAAAAAAGUGCCCAAAAGUGACAGCAUGCCUCAGUUAAACUUUGCCAUGGCAGAUCCUACAAAGAUGGGAGGCCUUAGCAUGCUGCUGUUAGCCGGGGAACACGCCCUCACAAACAGAGAGAUCCCUUCCAGCACUAAGCCUAGUUUACCAGACACAGCCAGUGAAGGGAACUCCUUUCCAGAUGAUAAAGUAGAGAUUUUGUCUGGGACAAUACUGAACAGAGUGCCUGACAUCACUGAAAGCAGGGUCACAUCUGCCCUUUCCCCACUGGCAGAGUCAUCUGUAUCUGCGGCACCUGAAGGAAAACCAUGCAGACAGUCUGCUCUCUUCCAGCUGGCUGAGAUGUGUUUAGCGUCUGAAGCUGGAAAGAUGGACACGGUGGUGUCUCAGCCAGAGGACAGCUCCUCUUCAGCCUCUCUCCAGCAAACUACAGUCAAGCCUGAGAUCAAGGAGGAGAAAGAGAAAACAGAAACAGACGACUGUCCUCCCUCCUCUCACACUGCGGCCCUCUUACCUUCGCUCUCCUCUGUCACUUCUACCUCCACUGACGCCAUUCCCCCACAACUCAGCAGCCAAAAUGCACGUGUCAAAAAGAAGAGCAAGAAAAAAGAGACGAGCAAGUCAAACGACAACGAAGAAACCCCUUGUUCAGCAAAGAAGAUCAUGAAGAAGUGCGACCCCGCUGAAUCAAACAUGGACAGUGUCUUCAGUACGAUCGAGGCUGUGGCCAAGGGUGUCUGGAAGGACACGGAGGAGAAGCCCAAGAAGAAGAUCCAGAGCAGUCCUGCCGUCGCCUGUGGAAACUCUGGUUUGCCCAAAAAGAAGAGCAAGCCCAAAGUCAAGACCUGUGUGAAAGAAAAAGAGGAGGUGAUGGAUGAGAGCAGUGAGCAGUGUGGGCAGCACAGCUCCUCUGAGGUGGAGAUGAAGGAAGAGAUGACUGACGUUAGCCCCAAGACAGAAGUAGAAGAAACAAGUAUAGAAAGCACAGAACUUCAUGGCAGCAUGGCAGAACCCCAAAGCCCCCCGGGCAGCCCUUCACCCACUAAGCUCAGAGAGGAGGACAAGGGGAAGGAGCGGUCGAGCGAAGCGGAGUGCAGCGCAGAGAGCCGUGGCUCCAGGAAGUCAGAGAGGAGCUGCAAAGGCGCCUUGUACAAGACCCUGGUUUCUGAAGGGAUGCUGACAUCACUGAGAGCCAAUAUUGACAGAGGUAAAAGAGGUGCUCUCCGUGCCUCUGAUCACGAUGCAAACUGGAGUGAUGACAGCUGGACGGUUGCUCAGAUGGGACCUAAUAACCCCAAGAAGCUGAAAAAGUCCAAGUCCAAAGAUGAAUCUUCACAGGGCCUAGGGAAACUGGAGGAAGAGUUUGAAAAGAAGUUUAACAGCCUACCACAGUAUAGCCCAAUGACAUUUGAUAAGAAGGGGACCGCUGUCUCAAAGAAGAAGAAGACGGACAGCUCCUCUGUUCAAGAGGACGCCUCCAAAACCUGCAAAGGGCCAUCUCCAUCUCAGAAAAAGACUUCAUUCCACAAGAUUGUUAGGAAGCACAAACAAAAAAAGGAGAAACCAGGUGCAGUGGAAAAAGCAGUGGGACAGAGUGAUUCCACCAUGCCGGACUCAGCUUCAAAAGCCAAAUCAUGUGCCCCCAUUGCCAUAAUGUGCCCAGAUGUCCAGGGCACCACUAGUAUGGAGAUGCUAGUUGGUAGCCAGAAGAGGAAGGCUAGGAAGACCAAGAUCACACACUUGGUGCGCACAGCUGAUGGCAGCGUGUCUCCAGCCGAGGAGGACAAAAUGAGGGACCUCAACCAGGAACAGGAGAAGAAGCCAUUACCCCAACAGAAUUUAUGCAAUGAAAAAGGGUGCUACAGUAAUCCCACAGCAGAGGAGGCAGAGAGGAGCAGCGUACCACAGGAGCUACCUGCUUUCUUCAGCCUGGCAGCCCUCGCUGAGGUGGCAGCCAUGGAGAACGCUCACAGAGGGCAGAGAGGCCUGGCUGACAGUCAGAAGAAAGAGCUCGCCCAGACUCAAGUCCUCAUCUCCUGCGCUGAUCAGUGAGACUCUGCUGCUGCUGCUGUUAGGAGAAGCCACAACACGGACACUGGCAGUGGAGCUUUACUUUCCUCAGCGGGGGGGGAGGGGAGCGAGCCCCACUCUGACG